AUGCUGGGCCGUACACACUCGGUUGAUGGUCCCUCGGAAGACGAUGGUGGAGAGAGUCUCCUAACCCGCGUCCUCAACCACGACAAUUGCGACUCUUGCGGUGAAGGCGGCGAGCUCAUCUGUUGUGAUCGGUGUCCCGCAUCCUUUCACUUGGAGUGCUUGAAUCCGCCACUGCCUUGCGUUCCGGAUGGCGACUGGUUCUGUCGGGCCUGCCUCCUGCAAGACACGCCGUUUGAACCCCAAUCGAUGGAAAUGACGAUUAUGGGGCGAUUGCUGCAGCACUUGGAAGGCCGCAACACCGUCGCCUUCUCGCUUCCACUGGGGGUCAUCAAGGCCGUUGAACCAGAGGAUUACGCCGAUGGGCAGGACGACGCUGACGCACCAGGGGAGAGCAACCUCUUCGAUUCUGAUCAGAGCGACUCCGACCGGGGCCUGCGGCAAGGCAAGCGCAAACGACGGCACGACUCCUAUUGCAGCGUCUGCUCCCUCCCUUCGCCCUCUCGCGACGACUUGGCACAGUGCACCAGAUGCCCGCACUCUUAUCACCUGUGGUGUCUCGAUCCACCGCUGCUGGCGAAGCCCACGGUAAAGUGGCUGUGCCCUUCGCACCCCGAUGAGUCGCUCGGCUCUUGUACCCCGUUGUAUGCUACAAUGUCGAAGCGCGGCCAGACCUACGUCAUCCCCAAGGCGAACAUACGGCUGGACUUUCCCUUUUGCACCACCCCUUGGACCCCGCCCACGCCUCCAUUGCCACAGACAAUGUCGGCCGAGUCGAAUGGAGCCGGCGAGGCUAAGGCAGAUCAAAUGCUGGUAGAGGUCAACCAGACCAGGACGUGGCUCAGCAGUUUGUUGGCCUUCGAGAGCGAGAUCAAGAAGGAGCUCGUUGCCCUCGAUAAUGAGGAGGUCCCGGUCGAUACAGAGGCGGCGGCGUCCACGCUCACACUCAUGCUUGACACCAAUCACACGGGCAAGAAGCCAGAGGACUACAUGGACGUUGCAACCUCCUCUGAGCAAAGUCCUUCUAAGAACAAACGACGCAAGCCGGCCAACGGAAGCAACGACAGCCGACGGCUGGCCCCAACAACGCCCGCUUCAGCAGAACCGAAGGGCAAGAAGCCGUUGCCAGCCGCCAGCGUCAAGCUCGACGAAAGCAAGUUGGCGACGCUCCUGUCGGGGACCAAGGACCCAGCAGACAUACUCCGCCAGCUGCCGCCCGACGUGCUGCAACAGCUCGCCCUCCAGCGUCUGGAGCAGAUCGCCCAGGUGGAGGGCGCCGCCGCUCCCGCUCAGCCCUCUUCUCGCGCCACCGCGCACCUCGGUCGCCUCGCCAUUCACGACGUCGACGACGACACGCCAAUCCUCCACGCCAACAGCGACCACCAUGGCAACAACGGCGCCACCACCACAACCACCACCAUCAGCAGGAGCUCCUCUCUCGCGCACCGCUGCUUCCGCCCAGAAAGCCGACUCUCCGCCCAAACGCUCCGCGCGGUUAUCCGCGAAGUCUUCUCCGGCCGUGGCUCCACCCGUCUCGGUUCCUGCUCCUACUCCUACGAGCUCCGAGACCACUCCCGCCGCGGCUCCCAUCACGGGCAAGAAGCGCCCUGCCCCCAGCCCGACUCCCACUACGACGGCGACGCCGACCACACCCAUUUCCAACAAAAAGGGACGAACUUCAGCUACUGA